AUGCAAGAUUUAUGGAAGCUGGGCAUAGGAUGGGAUGAGCAGCUGCCAACUGACGUAACUAAGCGCUGGCUUAAUUACGUUGAUGAUCUCCCGCGACUAACGGCAAUCAAGAUAGAUAGACAUAUGCUGCUACCAGAACAGACCGAAUGUGAAUUGGUCGCCUUUUGCGAUGCAAGCUCUCGCGGUUAUGCUAGUUGUGUGUAUGUGAUCAGUCGUAACGAUAGAGGUCAAACUAAAGUACGCCUGGUGACAGCAAAAUCUAAAGUAGCCCCCGUCAAACCAUUAACUAUCCCGAGGUUGGAAUUAAUGGCUCAACUUGAUGUUUAUUUAAACCAAAAACUUGUAUCACCACCUAAUAAUACCUAUGCAUAUCGAGCAUACAUGGAAACCCUUUUAAACUAUGCCCCUGCUGCUAAACAAUCUCAUCUUACUUGUAGUCUUUGGUAUGAGGAUACAGCAGGAAAAAUGGAUUCUACAGAUGGUAAAAACAUAGGAUUUGUUAAAAGACAGGAAUUGAUUAGUGAAAGUAAGGAAAUAGAAAUGAUUGGUCAUCUUCACGGUGACAUUUUUAACCAAGAUAAAUUUUUAAUUAAUGGUGUUGAAAUGAGUGUUAAAUUGGUUCGAUCAAGAGAGAGUUUUAAUUUAAUUGUUGGGUCGAACGAUGUAAAGUUUAAAGUUUGCAUUACGGACGCAACUCUUAUUGUGCGACGAGCACGAAUUAAUCCAAGUGUAUUACUCGCACAUCAAAAAGUUUUAGCUUCUACCACUGCUAAAUAUCCUAUUACUCGAGCUGAAGUAAAAGUUUUAACAAUUCCUUCAGGUGUUCAAGGAAAAACUCUUGAUAAUAUAUUUUUAGGACAGGUACCGAAAAGAUGUAUAAUUGGAUUUGUGAACAAUUCUGCAUUUAAUGGUUCCCUUACUAAAAAUCCAUUUAACUUUGAAAACUAUGGUAUUAAUUCUUUCAGCUUAUAUAUUGAUGGUCAACAAAUACCUUCAAAAGCUUUGCAACCAUCUUUUAAUAAUAGCAUAUUUACAUCAGCAUAUCAUACUCUAUUCUCGGGAACUGGUAUUCACUUUCUUAAUGAAGGAAAUGGAAUCUCUUGUGAACAGUAUGGCAAAGGUUACUGUCUAUUAGCAUUUGACUUAACUCCUGAUUUAUCAGCUAACUCAUCAACUCAUUGGAAUCUCAUAAAGCAUGGUAGUGUAAGAAUAGAAGUACGAUUUGAAUCCUCAUUAAUACAAACAAUUAACUGUAUAGUUUAUGCUGAGUUUGAUAAUAUUAUUGAGAUAGAUAAAAACAGAAAUGUUACUGUAGACUAUAGUAGUUAA